UACAUGAGUGGCUAGUGACGUGGGUGUGGGAGCCAGAUUCCUGUGGACUCCACCCAGCUGCUCCGAUCUGCUGUGUUCCGGGAAAUGUUCGACUGCAACUGGAAGUCUCGCGGGGCCCACAACCCACUCUAAAGUCCCACUCUAAAAACACUACUGGUUUUCACGACGCAAAAGGAAAGUCUUCAAGUUUCGAACUAUCCGUGGGAUCUCAACUCGGCAACAUGUCCAGAUCAGACUACCCUCCAGGGUACAAUGACGCCUAUGUCCCACCGUACCCACCCCAGGGUGACAAUUACCCAGCACCCCCUGCGUAUGGCUUCCCCGGCUAUGCCGGCCCUCAGCCGGGCCAGCCUUCUGCUCCAUACCCCGGCAAUCCAAGCACACCUCUUUUCCCGGGUCAGCCAGGCUUUCCUCCUGGUAUGUACCCAGGACAGCCUCAACCCGCCGGGCCCCCUGGAGCCGGCUAUCCCAGUCAGCCCCCUAUGCCUCCCAUGGUGCCACGAACCAUCCCCGCAGACGUUAUAAACUCUGAUGACGAUUUUGCUGCAAGGGGAAGCGACUGGGACAGUCUGAGCCUUCGGCACGCUUUCAUCAGAAAGGUGUAUUUGAUUCUGGCGUCCCAGCUCCUUGUCACCACAGCCAUAGUGGCCGUUUUCACGUUUGUCCAACCGGUUAAAUUAUUUGUACAGCGGAACCAGGCUAUCUACUGGGCAUCAUAUGCUGUGUAUUUUGUUACCCACAUCGUGUUGGUGUGCUGCAAGGGCCCUCGGAGGAAACAUCCAUGGAACUUGAUAUUGCUCUCCGUCUUUACCCUGGCGUUGUCUUAUAUGACUGGCUCCAUAUCCAGUUUCUACGAUACAAAGGCAGUGUUUCUUGCUUUGGCCAUCACUGUUGUUGUGUGCAUCGCUGUCACUGUCUUCUGCUUCCAGACCAAGGUGGACUUCACCAAAUGCCGGGGCCUCUUUUGUGUGCUUGGCAUUGUCGUCUUUGUGACCGGCAUCAUCACCGUCAUCGUGCUGUCCUUCAAAUAUAUCUACUGGCUUCACAUGCUUUACGCCGCUAUAGGAGCUAUCGCUUUCACCCUGUUCUUGGCGUACGACACACAGCUCCUCAUCGGUAACAGGAAGUACUCCAUCAGUCCUGAGGAAUAUGUGUUCGCUGCGCUUAACAUCUACGUGGACGUCAUUCAGAUAUUCCUCUUCCUGCUACAAAUUAUUGGUUCCAGCAAAUAAGUCAUAUCAGCAUAGUUGCUGUAAUAUCACCCUGUGCUGUUUAAAGCCUGUUUUGUUUCCACGCAUAAUGAUGUAUAUCAUGUAAAUCAUGCUGCACUAUUUCAUAAGGGCUGAAUUUGAGAUUUUUUACUGUGCAAGACAUUCCGACGCACUCUCGCAUAUAUUUCUACAUUUUUACGUACGCGUAUAAAAAAAAUAUAUAUAUAUAUUCCAGGGUACAAAUAUUGCAGGCUUUAAGUAAACUGAAGAGCAUUUUGUAUCUCUACUUCUGUAGUGCUUAAAUGUCUCUGGUUAGUUGCAUUAAUUGCGCCGGUAUAUGUUGCAGAAUGUGUUUUUGGCAGUUUCUUGCUACAAUACAGAAUACCUUUGUUUUUCCACAAAUUGUCAGGAAGUCAUACUUUGACACAGUAAUCGGUGGAGGUAUGGCAGGGACAAGAGGAGUAGCCUGCAAGCCUGUUAGGAAAAGAAAGCUCACUUGUGGUGUGACAAUGUCAUUUUCUUGGAGUGAUGGUUUAGUGAUCAUUUGAAAAUGCUAAGAAUUGUUGCUUGUUGGUUUGUUUCUUGUCUUGUUGAAUUGUUAAUUACUGUGAGAAAUUAUCAGUGUCUUUACAUACAUAACAUCCAGUAAUUAAAUGUAAUUCCAGCAGUUAUUUUAGAAGUGUAAACCAAACUGGUCCCCUUUUAGUUGACCCGAUACAUAAGAAGUAGGUCUGACUUUUAGAAAGGUCGGUGAUCCAUUGUGGUAAGGACUUGUAAAUAUUUUGUUUGGCUUUUCAAAUAUAAUAAAUAAUUUUAUUUGUGA